AUGGACGACAAGCAGCACGCGACAGCACCAGCGACUCCGCCGCUCGCUACGGAUGACGCUAUGCAGAAUACCAUCAAUAACCACCAUGAGAAGCACGACACGCCCAUUCACGACAAGGUGACGGCAAACGAGCAGAACGAUACACGAACCGAUGAGAAACAGCCACCUGCAGCAACAGCUUCAGCUGCAAGCAUGCAGCUCCAAGACAUGGUCGACAAAGCUUUGAAUUUCCUCUCGCAUGCAAGCAACGAAACUCUCGGGGCUUGCCUUGUCGGCCUGGCUGCUCUCACCUAUACUCUACUGGGGAGGAUAGGUCUGGUGCUGAUUGGAAUUGUCGGCGGCGUAGCACUGCAUGCCACAUGGGAAGCUUCCCACUCGUCCGAUCGACUCGAUGCGAACGAAGCCGAGCGGAAGAAGCGGAAAGAGGUCGGCCUUGACGUUGUCCAACGCCUCUUGCUGUCGAGGGAGAAAUCAAGCAAGAGUGCAGACACAGACGAGUCGGACGACGAGAUCAAACCAUUGCCUUCCAACAAGGCCGACUUCUCUUCUUUCCGCCCCGCCACUCAGGCCGCUCUGAAUGUUUUUACUGAUGCCAUCAUCCGGGACUAUGUCAACUGGUGGUACUCACCUGUCCUUCCUGGCGAAGACUCGUUUCCUUCCGCAUGUCGUCAAGUCCUGGUCGGCUUCAUCGUUUCUCUGUCCAACCACCUUUCUCGCAAGCGACCCGUCGAUACCUUCCUCGAUUUCGUAACCAAUUCAUCCUCGAUCGUCAUUGUCUUUCUCAACGAGCUCGCCGCUGCCUUGAAUGCCUCGCCCAACGCGACCUGUGAAGAGGCCGUCCAUACCUACCUCGAGUUGAAGCCCGACAGCAGUCUCGCCAGCAUCAUGGACUCGAAGCAUCAAGAGAAGAAGCUCAAGGUCGUCGCAAAUGACAUCCUGCUAAAAUACCUCGACAACAAGACAUACAUGUGUGCCCCUGCCCAAGUCUUUCUCAAACAGAUCCUGGCCAAGCUGGUCUUGUCCAUGACUGUCGACAGCUGCUCCAAGCCAGAGUUCAUCAACCAGUGGAUUGUCUACGCCCUCGAGGAUGGAGAGCCCGAGCUGAUGGAGGUCAUUGAUGCUGGCGUCGAGGGUUCUGCCCUUGUCAACUCUCAGCCAUCUAAGAAGCAAGUCUCUGUGGGUGAACAGGCCGACAAGCCAGCAUCCAGUCCCGAGGCUGUCCGCGAACACAGACGCAAGGCCAGUCGCAACAGGGCCGAAGAGGCCAUGGACGAAGCUAUGAAAGAAGCGCAGAGGCUUAGUCUGCUGAUCGCUGAAGAAGAGGCAAAGAAGUCCACAACCGAGUCGUCUGCCAUCGUCAGCAGCGGCGACGUGUCUGAAACCACUACACAAGGCAUUAUGACUCCAUCAUCGUCUCAAGGCGAUGCUGACGAGAGCGUCAAGUCUGAUGCAUCAAAGUCGCCGAGUUCCAAAUCCACAAGAGAGUCGGAAGAUUCGAAGAAGCCCUUCACCUCCUUCGACCAAAUCUUGCCCGCUACGAGCCCUACCGCCCUUUCUAGCAAAGAAGACAAGCUCCGUCUCAAGCCACCACCAGUCUUGACAUUGCACAAUGCCUCGAUCAACAUCUUUGAUGAUGCUUCUCCUGGAAACAAGACAGUCAUGCGAUCAAAGCCUAAUGUGGAUUACAUGAUUCAGAUUGAACCUACUUCUUCGAGCUUCCCUGGUUGGAUGAUAGUUCGCAAAUACACCGACUUCGAAACCCUACAUGAGGUCCUUCGCCGCAUUUCCGUUAUCACCGGCACUCGCUUCACUGACACCCAUGCCAAUCUCCCCUCAUGGAAGAACAACACCAAGUCUUCGCUUCGAGAUGAACUCGAACGCUAUUUGACUGAUGCUGUUCGUCUGCAACCACUGGCCGAGAGUGAGGGUAUGAAGCGUUUCUUGGACAAAGACGGAGGUGCUUCUCGCUCGCCUGGAGGAAGCAAAGGUUUCGGAUGGCCAACCCCUGUUGCCUUUGACCAAAUGGGCAAGAGUAUGAUGGACACGUUGACCAAAGCUCCCACACAAGUCGCUGGAGGUGGCAAGGCAAUCUUCGGCGGCGUUACCAGCAUUCUAGGUGGCAAGCGCACUUCUGUCGCAUCAAACCACAACGCCAGCCGUUCAUCCAUCUCGUUGAACCCUGCCAGUUUCCUUGAGGAUAGCUAUAUGGGUAGUAUGAGUAAUGUUGGUGUCGAAAGGCAGAGUACAGACAGUGUCAGAAGUGUCGCAGCACCUCUGUCACGCACUCCUUCACUGUCAAAACGUGUCCCAGCACCCGCUCAACCCAGUCACAAAUUCGAACAGUCAGUCGAUUGGAAAACUAGACCUAGCUUCUCAACUCCUCGCACAUCCUACCAAGGCACAAGAAAUGGAGAGCUCAGUCGUCCAUCAUCCUCGACAGGCCUGUCGAAGCUUGACAUCAACCUCCCUCCCNCGCCUUCCGACAUCCCUGAUGAUUACGCCUCACCAACAGCUGUAUCACACCAACCUGCUAGAAUUGAUGACGACAUGACCUACAGCUCUCCUGACACUCGCUCGUCAACAUCCAAAUACCCUACCUCUGAACAAGAGACACAAGUCACAGUGGAACUGCUUUUCGCAGUGAUCACCGAACUGUAUACUCUGUCUUCCGCAUGGAACAUCCGCCGCACUCUGCUCAACGCUGCAAAGUCUUUCCUUCUUCGACCUGGCAACCCUCAACUCGAGGCUAUUCGUCAAAUGAUCCAAUCCAACGUCAUUGAAAGCUCUACUUCUGAUGCAUCCAUCGCUGCACACAUCCUCAAGAUCCGAGAAAACUCUCUUCCUACUGAGGAAGAGUUGAAAGCUUGGCCUAAAGAGAUGACUGCGGAGGAGAAGGAGCAGCUGAGAAUCAAGGCUAGAGGCUUGCUUGUGGAAAGAGGUAUGCCUGCUGCCUUGACCAGUGUCAUGGGAGCUGCUGCAAGUGGAGAGGCUUUAGGAAGAGUGUUUGACUGUCUGCAAGUCGAAGGUGUCGGGCGAGGUGUUGUGUUUGGUGUUCUUCUGCAGGCACUCAGGGCCAUUGUGCAGUGA